AUGGCGACAGCCAUCUCGCUCUCGCUCUCGUACGCUCGACUCCGCACCUCCGCUCCUCGCACGCCGUGUCUCCGGCGCGUGCCCGCCUCGGGAUCUUGCGGCCCCUUCCCGCGACUCUGCCGCCGGUCGCUGCGCGUCUCAGCUGCGGCGGGGGCUUCGCCCCUCGACGCCGGCAACCCCGCGUGGGACGCUCUCGACGGCGUCUCGGUCUUCGCCGCGGGCACCGGCGACGCCGUCCCGCUCAGGGACCUGUGGGACUCCACCGAGGGCGUGGCCGUGGUGGCGCUGCUGAGGCAUUUCGGAUGCUUCUGCUGCUGGGAGCUGGCCUCUGAUCUGAAGAACUCCAUGGAGAAAUUCGAGUCCGCGGGCGCUAAACUGAUCGCCAUCGGCGUUGGCACCUCUGAUAAAGCACGAAUUCUGGCCGAUCGGCUGCCGUUUCCUUCGGAUAGCUUGUACGCCGACCCGGAGCGCAAGGCUUACGAUGUCCUGGGCCUGUACCACGGAAUAGGCCGGACCCUCUUCAGUCCAGCUAGUGCUAAAAUAUACACGAGGCUCGACUCCAUCAAGGAGGCGACAAAGAACUACACGCUGCAAGGCACACCAUCUGACCUGACGGGUGUCAUGCAGCAGGGUGGAAUGUUCGUGUUCAGAGGGAAAGAGCUGUUGUACGCAUGGAGAGACGAAGGGACCGGCGAUCACGCACCUUUGGAUGAUGUCCUCGGCGUUUGCUGCAAAGUUCCUGCUACCUGACGUUGGCAUCAGAUCAUUUGCCUCACAUUGCUCUGUCCAAAAUAAUCUAACGUCCAAGUAUUGUAGGGCAAAUCAUCAAAAGGAACUUUGAUAGCUUCAGAGAAACAGAGGAAAUUCCAUAUUCUCUUCGGUUGCACCAAACGUCCAACCCAACUGAUUAGUAUUGCUGAUUCACGUGGAUAUAGAUAUCUGUGACUGCCAUAUGAUAGAUGCAUAUUUUCCUAUUUGAUUAGUUCUUCUCA